CUCGUAUCCCAACGAGAAAGAACCAUCUAUCCUGCUAAUCGCCCAUCCAAACAAGUGCCGGUGUCAUGGCGAGAAGUCUUGUUUCAGGGGGUCUUGUUAUAUUUUGCCAGGUCACGUUGUAGACAUUGCAUUAGGUCGCAAGGUACAUCUCGAACAGCAGUAGUCUAAUCUGACAUCUUUCUGAUUUUUUUCGGGUCCCGUCAGCCGAAGUCUGAAAUGUCCCACAGCGCCGGCGGGGCGGUCGGCCUGCUGUCUUACGAGACGCUGGUACACGCUGUUGCGGGUGCAAUGGGAAGUGUGACCGCAAUGACCGUGUUCUUCCCCUUGGAUACGGCCAGGAUCCGGUUGCAAGUGGAUGAGAACAGAAAAUCUAAAUCAACUCCAGUCAUCAUCGCAGAGAUAGCAAAGGAAGAAGGAAUAUGCUCUCUGUACCGGGGCUGGUUCCCAGUCAUUUCCAGCCUCUGCUGCUCGAACUUUGUCUACUUCUACACAUUCAACACCCUGAAGAGAGUGUGGGUGCCAAGCGGGGAAAAAUCGAGGCCUGGAAAAGACCUGCUGAUGGGCUUCAUCUCAGGGGUAGUGAAUGUGCUCCUGACUACGCCCAUGUGGGUGGUCAAUACUCGGCUCAAGCUCCAGGGGGCGAAGUUCCGCAGCGAGAACCUGCACCAGACCCACUAUAAGGGCAUCUUUGAUGCGUUCUCUCAGAUCGUGGCCAAGGAGGGCGUGUCUUCUCUUUGGAAUGGCACUCUGCCUUCGCUGGUGCUGGUGUUUAACCCAGCUGUGCAGUUCAUGUUCUACGAGGCGAUGAAGAGGAGAGCAGGCCGCGGAGGAAGAAAGAUAUCCUCGAUGGAGGUGUUUCUGAUCGGCGCGCUGGCCAAAGCUAUCGCCACCUCAGGCACCUACCCACUUCAGACCGUCCAAGCAAUCUUGAGGUUUGGCCAGUACAAAGGAAACAAGCAGAGUGGUUUUAUGGGAAGCCUAGGCAAUGUGGUGACCCUGCUGAUGCACAGGAUCAGGAGACACGGAGUCCUUGGCUUGUACAAAGGGCUGGAGGCCAAACUGCUUCAGACGGUGCUGACGGCAGCGUUGAUGUUUGUGGUGUACGAGAAGAUCACCGCCGCCACCUUCAGGGUCAUGGGCCUGAAGCGCAGGCUCAAGCAUUGAGUCUAGGAGAGUGGGCCUGACUGCCACCUCCAUCUCCCAUCGCACGCGCAGACACCCCCGUUUGACAGUCAAGUUUACUCCAUCGCUGCGUUGAAUCUAUGAGGUGCUUUCGACAGCCGUCCAUGAAAGGCCGCCGAGGGAAAUCGGCGGGGAUUCCAAUGUAGCGAACUUACUCACAGGCGACGAAUCGAUUUCUGACGUAGUACCCGAGUCCUGCAGCGUCUGAUGGGUCCAGAAUCAUAGUUAGCAUGAGAGAACUAACCCCGCGAGGAAGCUUUCCACUGGGAAACCAAUAACCAUUAAUGGCAAACACCCUUUGGCCUCAGGACGGACUGUUAUCGUGGUGACUAAUCGCAGCGGCAACAGGGGCUGCUCUUGUUAUACACUGAUCACUCAAGGUACUUACCAUUUUACUGUAUUACAAACAUAUGUCGCUCACUGGAACUGGUAACCAGAAAGACCUGUUAGAUGUUAGCUGUACAAAUGCCAGUUUGAGCCUUAUUUACCAUGUGUGUAUUUUAGCAUUAGCAGGAUUUAAAGAUAAAUCUUUAGAGUUGGCAACGUGCAGCAGUGUUGGGGAUAGGCUAAUGCCAUUUGCUGACCACCAGUACUGUGCACAGACCCGCUUACAUAGAUGAGAACUGUCAUAUGCGUCACAGUGGAGGUAUCUCAGUCACUAGCACACCAUCGCCAGAGAGGGCGCUGUGGUACCUGCGUCAUGAACUGAGGUUCACCAGCACUGACACCCAUGAUAUAACCAACCCUUAAUUGUAUUGUUUUAGUGCAUAACUGUUCCUUAUUUUUUCUAUGAUUUUUACUAAAUUAAAUUAACUUUGUUGAAAGUAACUUAUUGGGGGAUAUUAAAAAUCUUUAAAAUGAAUAAUGAUUUUUUUUUGACAAAGCUGUAAAACCAUGCAUGAGAAUAAUAUUCGUGGUGGGAAGAACACUAUUAAAAUGUAGACAUGACUAA